AUGACUAUGACUAAUGCUACUGACCGAGAGCUAGUGUUCAGAGCACAGAAGAGAUGCUGCAUUAGUUGGCAUCUCUCAAAUAUAACAAUCCCUUUUCACUUCCUUAGGGUACCAUCGAACGGUUACUACUUCUUCGUCUUCAACUCAGAGAACGAGGUCCAGACGAACUUCAUCAAGGCUCGCUUCGACCUGCAGAAGACCAGAUACGACGUCGCCAAGACCAAGUUGAGGGAAUGCAUGAACAGCACCAACAAGUGUGACUUGUCUUUGGACCUUUUCUCCAGUCAGAAGGUAGUCUUGGAGGUGCCUUUAAGAAACAACGAUUCGCUAUGGAACGAGCAAUUCGUGAUCAUAUCAGAGUGUGAGCCUCGGAAAUCUUUGUACUUGGCGUGUGUCAUAGCGGUGCCAAUACUGAUCAUGAUGUUCGCUUUCCAGUGAACUUUGGUUUGUAUAGGCCGCUUAACUAAAGUUGAGGCGAGCGCGUACUCACACUGAAAUAUCUGAAUACAGAACACAAACAACAAAUCACACAAAGUUCAAAUAUCGAAUAAAUAGCUACCAACCACGCUCUUGUUAUAAUGUCUGCAAGCGAAUCAGAAAACACUUGUCAGCGCACAGCGGUCAACUCUCGUUGCGCGACCUAUACGGUGUUGAUUAAGUUAAGAAAUAUUCAAAGGGUUUCAAAUUCCUUUCUAACCCUUUAGAGUAGGCGCACAUCGUUGAUUUUUCGUCGGCCGAUAGUUUAGUCGGGCAGUUGAUCAGUAUGGGCAUG